CGAACAACAACAAUAAGGAGAAGCAUCACCCCACAUAGGGGUAAGGUGUCACUGACCCCCACCCCAUCUAUCUCAUCCAGCAAGCUAUCCCUCCCCUGAGUGGCCAGAAGCACCCUUUCCCAGCCCCGCUCUGGCUAUUCAUCAUGACUCAACUUGUACCUUGUCUGCUUUGGUGCUGCAAAUAGCCCUCUCUGCCAGGCUGCCCUGAGUGCAGCUUAAUGGAUCACACCACCCAACACCUCUUCAGCUGCCCAUUGCACCCUACUUUGCUAACUCCACUGGAUCUCUGGUCUAACCCUGGACCAACUGUGGCAUUCUCUCAUUGCUCCCAUCCUCCUCCCCUGGCACCUCAGAGAAGCAGUCCUGGGCAACUAACAACAACAAAACAAUGUUAGAACUUCAAUAAUACUGCAUACCUCAAGUCAUUAUAACUGCCACAUAAGCACAUAUCACAAUAAAAAAUAUCUACAAUAUCAAAGUUGAAAAUAUUAGCAAUAUCGCAAUAAAAAAUAUUCAUAAUAUGACAAUAGAAAUUAUCCACAACAUUCGGGAAAUGGAGGACAUACCACCUUGUUCACUUGGGCUCAAAUGCAGCUAAAGAGUUAGAGGUGGGAUCUUGUAAUGACAUUGCACACAAUGCGUCAUAAAGCUCAAAUUACAAGUUUACCACUGAAUUCUUAAUUGUGUAGUUUGGUCAUUUUUGUGACCAGAAUUGGCUGUUUUCUUGUGUUGUUGCAUUGCACUGUGAUCAACAGGUGAAGCAUACUCUCUCUGAGUAUGCAUACAUAACUACUGAGUCUGUGAUCACUGGAAAAUUAGUUUGGUGUGCAUGAAAUAAUGAAAUUGGAAGCUUAUAAGGAUUGUGAGCUUUUAAAUUAAUCUUGGAUGUUGAUGUAACUUGAAAAAAUUCAGUAUAACUGUGUUCAUACUUCAUUAUUCUUGAUCAAAUAUUAUCUUGCAGCUAGGGAGUCUUUAUAUCGCAUUCAUAUUGUUAAUUGAUAUGGGAAGCUCUUCGAACAAAAAAAGUAUCUAUGUUGGUGGUUUAUCAGAAGAAGUCACAGAAGAAGUUCUACGCAAUGCCUUCCUGAUGUUCGGAGACCUGGUGGAUGUGCAAUUACCAUUGGACUAUGAGUCGGGCAAGCACCGGGGCUUUGCAUUUAUAGAGUAUGAACUAGCAGAAGAUGCAGCUGAUGCCAUUGAUAACAUGAAUGAGAGUGAAUUGUUUGGACGGACAAUCCGAGUCAAUGUAUCCAAACCGCAGAAAGCUGGUGCAAACUCUUCCCGAGCUGUGUGGUCUGAUGACUCAUGGCUUGAAAAAUAUGCUGGUUCUACACUAAAGACUGCUGACCCUGGUGAGGCUGCUGAAGAAGUGGGUGUGAACCCUGAUGCUAUAGCCCCGGCAGUCAGAGCAGCCGAGACUCUGGGCAAGAAGGGCGGCAACCCACAAGUGUACUUGGAUAUCAAAAUAGGAAAGCAGCUGGCGGGACGGAUUGUCAUCCUUCUAAGAGCUGAUAUCUGUCCACGCACUGCUGAGAAUUUUCGGUGCUUGUGCACGCACGAGAAUGGCUUUGGUUACCAAAACAGCACCUUCCACCGAAUCAUUCCAGGCUUCAUGUGCCAGGGUGGAGACUUCACCAAAAAUGACGGCACUGGCGGCAAGAGCAUUUAUGGGGGGAAGUUUGAGGAUGAGAACUUUACGUUAAGACACACUGGCCCUGGCACGUUGUCCAUGGCCAACUCUGGCCCCAACACCAACGGCUCCCAGUUCUUCUUGACGACAGCGCGCACUGAAUGGCUGGACGGCAAGCACGUCGUGUUCGGCUCCUGCGUGUCUGGACUCGAUGUCAUCAGGAAAAUGGAGAGAUGUGGCAGCAAAUCGGGCAAGACCUGCGAACGAGUUUUUAUAUCCAAUUGUGGAGAACUCGUUUAAUUAAGCGUGUAGGCCUAUGCUAGUCAAAUAUAUUAUACUUUUCA